AUGUCUUUAUUAUUUCGGUUAAAAUGUGGUAUCUGGGAUAAAGUUACUGCGCCAUAUUAUAUUAUGCUAGCUAUGCUAGGGCCAGCCUUGUUUGGGCGUGAAAAGAAGGAGGGCUAGCUUGGCUGCUACUGCUAGCUAGUGUCACGGGCUGUAUUACUAACCGAGGGUGUGUAACUUAACGUGUGUGUGUGUGUGUGUGUGUGUGUGAGUGAGAGAGAGAGAGAGAGAAGACUAACGGAACAAGCCCCUGUGAUGCAGCACAUAGCAUUCCUUCACUUCUUGGGGUGGGGCGGUGUCUAAUUCACAAGUUGAGGCAAGGGGUUAACUUCCCCAUCCCCCCGCAAGGUCAACACAUUCACAUGCUCAGCGCAAGGAAACAUGAGUACAGGAAAGCCAAGUGGUCUCAAGCCCCCUACUAAGAUCAGUAGGCCCAGCUCUGUACCAACGAAGACCUCGCUUCCCUCAGCCACUCCAAAACCGUCAACUUUAACAGGUCCUGGCGCUACAGUUGUAAACGAUUCAGUGGCAGAAUUUACUGUUGGUGAACGCAUAUGGGUGAAUGGAAAUAAGCCAGGAUAUGUUAAGUUCAUCGGUGGAACCCAGUUCGCGCCAGGCCAGUGGGCUGGCAUCGUUUUGGACGAGCCAAUAGGAAAGAAUGAUGGAUCUGUCGCUGGAAUUCGCUACUUUCAGUGCGAGGACUUACGAGGCAUCUUCACCCGGCCUUCCAAACUGUCCCGGACUCCUCUUCCGGAAUGUAAGGCCAAUGGUGCGCCUCCUUCAGCCAGCCAGACAUCAUCUGCUGUUGUUCCUACUGCUGCUACUGAUGAGGGUCAAGCCCCUACCGCUACUAAGACUUCAACAAAUCUGGCCAAAGCUGCCAGUGGUUCUGUCUCCAACCUUUCUGAGACAGAUUCGACCAUGAAGGGGAAACGGGAGCUGAAGCUGGGUGACCGUGUGCUGAUUGGGGGAACAAAGGCAGGCGUUGUGCGCUUCCUGGGCGAGACUGAUUUUGCCAAAGGGGAAUGGUGUGGGGUGGAGCUGGACGAGCCGCUCGGCAAGAAUGAUGGAGCGGUGGCUGGUGGCAGGUAUUUCCAGUGUCUGCCAAAAUACGGUCUGUUCGCUCCAACACAUAAAGUGACCCGCAUUGGCUUCCCGUCCACAACCAAAGCCAAAAGCACAAAGCGCAGGUCUACUCUGCAGCAUAGCCCCAGCGCCUCUUCGGUCAGCUCACUUAGCUCUGUCACCUCUUCUGUGGGAGGGAAACCCAGUCGCGCAGGCCUGCUGACAGAGACCUCCUCCCGCUAUGCACGAAAGAUCUCUGGGACCACAGCCUUGCUUGAGGCUCUGAAGGAGAAACAGCAGCACAUCGAGCAGCUCCUGGCUGAGAGGGAUCUAGAGAGAACUGAAGUGGCCAAGGCGACCUGUCACGCUGGAGAAGUGCAGCAGGAGCUGGCCCGCCUCAGAAAAGGCCAGGAGCAGUAUGUUCUUGAGAUGGAGGCUAAACUCGACCAGUUGCGCAGGCUUGUGGAGACUGCAGACAGGGAAAAAGUGGAGUUGUUAAAUCAGCUUGAAGAGGAAAAAAGGAAGGUUGAAGAUCUUCAAUUCCGUGUUGAGGAAGCUUACAUUACCAAAGGUGACUUAGAGACGCAGACCAAACUGGAGCAUGCCCACAUUAAGGAGCUCGAACAGAGCCUUCUCUUUGAAAAGACCAAAGCUGAUAAACUCCAGAGGGAGUUAGAGGAUACUAGGGUAGCCACAGUGUCUGAAAGGUCGCGGAUCAUGGAGCUGGAGAAGGAGGUCUCAGAACUACAGCUACGUCUACGUUCUCAGCGAGCAGAAGCUGGAUCAGGCUCACCUCCAUUACAGGAUAAAAAGGUUAGAGAGCUGAGCAGUGAGCUGGAGGCCAAACACAAGGAGGUGCUUACCCUCCAACAGAGACUUAGCUCGUCUCAUCAGGAAAACACUUCUCUUCAGCAUCAGCUGGAUAAUUUGAAGAAGAAACUUGAUACAGAAGCUGAAGGAAGUAAAAAACUUGCACUUUCAAUACAAGAGAUGCAGCGCAGCAUGCAGGCAGACAAGGAACAACUGGAGCAGCUGCGCAGUGAAAAGCAGAAGCUGGAGGAGGAAACAGCCUCCAGGCAACAGCAGGAACAGCAACGAAAUGAGGAGUACAAACAGCAGGAAAAAGAGCUGGAGAAGAAACUAAGCCAGGCAGAGCAGGAGCUGAACAAAGUGCAUGAAGGGAGCGCUAAGCUGGAACAGAAGGUUGCUGAGCUGCAGAUGUUCAAAGACAAAACCCAGAGUAUCCAGCCUGCAGAUGCUUUGGAAAAACUAAAACAAAGAAAUCAAGAGCUGCACCAGGAGCUUGAAGCUUUAAAAAAACAAAACUCCAAUUAUCAAGAGGAGCUUAGUGUGUGCAAGGAGCAGCUCAGUUUCGAGAAUCAGCGCACUGGAAGCCUCUGCAAAGAAAUUGAGGAGCUGAAGCUGACAGGGAAUCAGAAGUCACUGAGGAUUGUGUCACUCCAGGAGGAAAACGGGAAGUUGUCUCAGAAGCUGGACAGAAGUCAGCAGCUGACUCCGGACAACCAGUCAGACAUCUUAGAGAGGGAAAACUUCAACACUUUAAUAUCUGAGAAGGACAAAGAAUUAAAAGCAUUAAGAAAUGAGAUUGCAGUGUUGCGUGGAGAGAAUGCCAUGGCCAAAACACUGCAAGCAGCAGUGGAGUCUCUGGAGAGGGACAAGGUGAAGCUUCAAGGCAAAGUGCACAGCCUUGAACAGAAACUGGAGGGCAAGCAGAGUGAUGACCAGGAUGGGAAUUCCUCAGUAGGUGAUGCAGCUAUAAGCCAACUUAAGGAAGAGAAAGAGUUUGCAGAGGGACAGAUCAACUUCCUCAACUCGGUCAUCGUAGAUCUUCAAAGGAAGAAUGAGGAUCUGAAAGUAAAACUGAAGAAAAUGGCUUUGGCUGAAUUCAACGGCCAUGAAGAGAAUGAUAGUUCGGGUGAGGUCAAGAAAAAGAAGAAAGCCCCGCCACGCGUCUUCUGUGACAUCUGUGACUGUUUUGACCUGCACGACACAGAAGACUGUCCCACCCAAACGCAGUCUCCUGACUCUCCUCCUCACAGCACGCAUCACGGCAGCCGUGGAGGAGAGCGGCCCUACUGCGACAUCUGCGAGGCGUUCGGCCACUGGACAGACUCCUGUAACGACGACCAAACCUUUUAAUCCUUUAAUGUUCCCACGUUUUUUUGACGAACAGGCAAGGCAAAACUAUUUUGACGUAGGUUAGCUCUUAUUUUUGUACGCUCUGUGUGUAAUUUAAAGCAUUCCUAUUGACUGAAGGCUAUGUGAUGCUGCUUUAUUGAAAGGCAAAGAUGAGACGUCCUGCUUGUUUGUCAUUAAUAUCGUUUUGUGUAUGGUGUAGGUCAUGUUUUGACAGUGAUCCGACCUCUUUGUGGUAAAUGAACACUUAUCACAGACACUUGGAAGCUUUCGCGCCAAAAGACGUUCAAGCUCAAGAUAGUAAAUUAUUGCACUGCUCACUUUAAAUGCAUUCCUCGGAACAUAAUAAGCACAUAUUUUUAACUGCCAGUUGUCUAAGUUAUUCUUUUAUAUUAAAUGUUAAGAAGAGGUAGAUACUCUGUCUUAUAAAUGGCUUUUUAAGUGUUUUUAAAUUGUGUACUAAAAUUCUUAAACCUUUGCAUCCAGUUCCAUCACUAUGUAUGGCUGUAAUUCUCAUAUUUAUAUAAAAGACAUGUUUACAAAUUAACCUGUUAAACUCAAGAGAAAAAAAAUGCACGUUAUGCAAAUAUAACUAUGUUUUUGACCAUUUUUGCAUUGUUUAAAUGAUCUCAUAUGUGCACAACAGGCCAUAAGUAUUGAAGCAAAUUGAACUUUCUCAUUAAUAUUUAAAAAUAAAAAUAAAAAAGAAAUAAAAAGACAACCCCACAAGGAUACCAGCAUAAACCUCAUGCAGAAACAAAUUAACUUGAAUAUGUUACUCUUAUUAGAGCUAAAAAAAAAAGCUAUUGAUGAUAAUGUUGAAUUAAAUUAAAUUUAUUAAAAUCUGUACAGUAAUGCUGCACACAUUUCUAUAUUUUUAACACUUUAAUACUUUAAUAUGCAUAUUUUUAUCAGGUGUCUCUAUUGAUUUUUUUCACCUCCUUCCAUGCUUGUGGCCUCUGGUGUCUUUCAUCAUACAGUUGUUGAUCACAGUGUUUGUACCACAAAACAUGAUUAACUAAUGUUCUAACAUUACAACAGUCUAUAAUUACUGUAUUGCUCAUGGAGUGUAUACACACUAAUUCUAUAUAAAUUAUA